AUGCCUGGCUCCACCGAUGUAUCGCUGGAGGGGAAGACCGCUGAGUACCGACUCGAAGAUAAGCGGGUCUCAUCCUACGAUGAAAAGCAUACCGAUCGGGAGAUGGCUAUCGUGAGCCCUUCCUCAUUUGAAGGAAUUGACGAAGCCGCCGUCCUGCGCAAAAUGGAUCUCCGGUUGAUUCCUAUGCUGAGUAUCUUGUAUCUGCUCGCGUUCUUGGAUCGAGGCAACAUUGGAAAUGCCAAGGUGGAGGGUCUGUUGGAGGAUUUGCACAUGACGGGACCACAAUUCAACUGGACAUUGACGGUGUUCUUUUUCACCUAUUGCGCCUUUGAGCUGCCCAGCAACUUGAUGUUGAAGAAAUUGCGACCUUCGCGAUGGCUCCCGUUGAUCAUGAUUGCCUGGGGUAUUGUCAUGACACUGAUGGGAAUUGUUCAAAGUUAUGGUGGUCUACUUGCAACUCGUCUUGCGCUUGGCAUUACUGAGGCUGGACUGUACCCUGGUGUUGCCUACUACAUCACAUUGUGGUAUCCUCGUCAACGGGCACAGUACCGCCAAGCCCUUUUUUUCAGCGCUGCUAGCGUCGCUGGAGCCUUCUCCGGACUGCUCGCUUUUGCUAUUGCCAAAAUGGAUGGUAUUGCCGGCUUAGGAGGCUGGCGUUGGAUCUUCAUCCUGGAGGGUCUACUGACAGUCGCCGUGGCCCUUGUUGCCCCUUUUGCUAUUCAUGAUUCUCCCGAGACCGCCACUUUCUUAACAGAGCAGGAAAGAGCCUGGGUUAUCCACAAACUGCGUACUCAGAACUCGGUCGAUGGUCGUGAGGUCAUUCGCGAUGAGUCCACCUUCAAGAUGCAAUAUGUCGUUGACGCGUUCAAGGACUGGCAGAUCUGGCUGGGAUUAUUGAUGUACUGGGGUAUCACAUGCCCUCUGUACGGCAUCUCCUUCUUCCUACCAUCCAUCAUCAAGGACUUGGGCUACAAGUCAUCUACGGCUCAGCUCUUGACCGUGCCCAUCUACAUCACCGCCGCUAUUGUUGCCGUCGGCGCGGCCUGGUUCUCUGAUAAACGCAAGCAGCGCUCUCCAUCUAUUCUGUUCUUCAUGUCUAUGAUCGCCAUUGGUUUCAUCAUCGUCAUUUCAUCCAUCGGACGCGGUGUUCCGGGAGUGGUUUACGCUGGCGUGUUCAUUGCUGUCGUUGGAAUCUAUCCCGCCUUCCCCGGUAACGUCACUUGGCUCAGUGUCAACAUGGCAGGCGAUUACAAGCGUGCCGCCGGCAUGGCCAUUCACAUUGGUCUGGGCAAUCUCGCUGGAGCCAUGUCCUCCAACUUCUACCGCGCCAAAGACGCCCCGAACUACUUCAUGGGCCAUGCCCUGGAGCUCGGCUUCGUAGUAGUCGGCAUGAUAGCCGUCGUCAUCAUGCGUUUCACCUACAAACGCAUCAACACCAAGCGUGACCAGCUCGAUCCCGCGCAGUAUCCCGAUGACCCUGAUUCCCUGGGCGACCGGUCGCCUUUGUUCAGGUACAUGCUCUAG